ACUAACUUAAUUCGGUCCACUGAGCUAUUUUUGCACCAAACCAACCUCUUCUCUCUCUGAUAUUAUUUAAUAAGAGCCAUUUCUUACACCGUAACAGAGUAAUUUAUUAGUGGCACAAUGGGUAAAUCACACACUACUGUAAAGACUCCGCGAAAGCAGGGUUUCAAUCCUUCAAAUCACAGUAUGAAUCCUGAUCUUCCUAGAAAAGGACUGAAAGGAGUUGCUAAACCAAGAACUAAAGCAACUAUUAAGAGAUUGCAGAUGUAUCGCAAUCAAAAACCAAAACGUAAUCGUUCUGGAAAAAUCAUCAGUCCUGCGCCUUUUCAAGGCUGGAAUCCUUCUGGUACUAUGUCUCGCGUGGAACCAUCUCAGAAGUGGUUUGGCAAUUCUAGAGUUAUAUCGCAAAAUGCUCUGCAAAAAUUCCAAAACGAGUUGGGAGCUGCUAUAAAGGACCCAUAUAAAGUGGUUAUGAAACCCACUCAACUUCCUGUAACAUUACUUCAGCAGAAGGCAGCAAAUGAGAGAGUACAUCUGUUAGAUACAGAAAGUUUUGAAAGCGUAUUUGGCCCGAAGAAGGUUCGGAAAAAACCUAAUCUGGCAGUAACGUCGUACGACGAAUUGACAAAAAUAGCCGAGGAAAAAGAGGAUGCUUAUAACAAGGAAAAACACUCCAAAGAUCACGAUCUUAUUCGCGAGGACACCGGUAUCAAGGAUGCUCAGAGAGAUUGGGUCAUGGCAGCUGGACAAAGCAAGAGAAUAUGGAACGAGCUAUACAAGGUCAUAGACUCCUCCGAUGUUGUUCUGCAAGUAUUGGAUGCCAGAGAUCCAAUGGGGACAAGAUCCCCACCUGUGGAAAAAUAUCUGAAAACUGAGAAGCCUCACAAACAUUUAAUAUUCAUAUUAAAUAAAGUGGAUUUGGUGCCGACAUGGGUUACGCAAAGAUGGGUGAAGAUACUAAGCCUAGAAUACCCGACGGUUGCUUUCCACGCGUCUCUGACGCAUCCUUUCGGUAAGGGUUCUCUAAUAAAUUUAUUGAGGCAAUUCGCAAAAUUGCACGUCGACAAAAAGCAGAUCAGCGUAGGUUUCAUAGGAUAUCCUAACACGGGUAAAAGUUCCAUUAUAAACACUUUGCGCUCCAAAAAAGUCUGCAAAGUAGCCCCCAUCGCUGGGGAGACAAAAGUAUGGCAAUAUAUAACUUUGAUGCGACGUAUCUAUCUGAUAGAUUGUCCCGGCGUUGUCUAUCCAUCAGCGGAAACCGAUACAGAGAAAGUGCUCAAAGGCGUUGUGAGAGUGGAACUUGUUCAGAAUCCAGAAGACUACGUUGCCUCUGUUCUGGAAAGAGUGAAAUCCGAAUAUUUACGUAAAACGUACAAUAUAAACGAAUGGACGGAUCAUAUUGAUUUUCUGGAGAAAUUGGCGCGUCGAAGCGGCAAACUGUUGAAGAAAGCAGAACCCGAUAUCGCAACCGUGGCCAAAAUGGUACUAAACGACUGGCAACGCGGCAAAUUGCCAUUUUAUGUUCCGCCGGCAGGAUUUGAAGAACCAUUGUCGAGGCAAACAGUUAAUCCCAACGAGUCAGUUAUCAGACAAGAUAACGAACCAAUUGUCGUUUGUAAUGAAGAGAUAAAUAAAAAUGAUAAUGUAACAGAAAUAACCAACCCGAUAACGGUUGCGCAAGAUUUCAGAAAAAUACGCGUUGGCUUGCUCUAUUCAGGAGACGAUCAACAUGCUUUGGAGCAGGAUAAAUCUUUCGACGAAAGCGUGGAGAGCAAGUCGGAAAUAGAUUCGGAUUCGGAAGACUCGGAAGUAGAAGAUGACUCGUAUGCAAGGAUCGAUGAAUCUGACACGAUCUCACACAAACUAAAAACUGUACGUACUCAGGAAGAUAAAGAAAAUUUAUCUAACACUGAUAUUGUUUCUGAAAAUAAUGAUAAGAAUGCAGAUAAAAAAGACUCAGAUAUGGAUGAAGACAACAAUUACUCGGAAAUCCGUUUGCCCAUUGAACAAGAUAAUCUAAAGCAGAGCAUAUUCGACGCGACAAAUAAUGAUUAUAAUUCUAGCGACAGUGAAAUGACCAAGGCAAUAGUCUCAGGUGGCGAUUCAACGUCUUCCCAGAAGAAACUGAGAGAAAAAAACUUAACUAGUAAGCAACGAAGGGCAAUAGAACGCGCUAGUAAAAGAAAGAAGAUAGGUAGUAAUUUCUACGAGGUGAAGAAUGUAAAGAACAGAAAUAGAAACAGGAAAGUUCCAAAAACGAAGAGGAAGAAAUGAAUCAAUCUGUUUGAAUAUAAAGCGCGAGAAAUUCAUCAGGUAGAGGAAAUUAAAUAUAUAAAAAAUUUAAUUUUA